UUGACUUUUCCGUUGAGUGUUACCUUAAAUCUUGCCAUUAGUCUCUCAGCAGGUCAUUUGACUGAGACUGAGGUAUUUAGACCUAAGUAAUUUAUUUAAGAAAAGCAAAUCCAUUGACCUCAUAACCUCGAGAACGAUGAAUACCUUUUGGAAAGCAGUGACUGUCCUGAGCGCCUUCAUUGCGGCCGCACAGUGUCUGACCUGUCGUCAGUGUCCUCUUGGCGUGUUCGGGGCCUGCUUUUUUGGAAGUGACGUCACAUGUGAUAACGCAACUCAGAGCUGUUAUCGCGGAGAAGCACAGUUCAAUGCUACAGGGUCACUCACCCUGCAAACCCGAGGCUGCCUGGACUCAGACCUGUGUGGGAAGACACUGACCGGUACCAUCCUGGGCGCUGGUUACACCAGCAGUUUCCAGUGUUGUACCACAGAGCUGUGUAAUGGAGCGUCCUCAGUCCAGAUCUCUCUGACUGUGGCUCUGUGUGCUGCCGUCCUGUCAGCUCUAUGGGGCACCUGGGAGUAGUAGUUUUACAUGAUCUGCCCCUGUUUCCACUGUUGAUUUUUAUUAAUUAAUCAGUACCUGUAACUCUGAUUUGUCAUAUUCACCCAAAGAAGAGAUCAUUUUGAUCAAAUCUAUAAAUUAAAUUAAGAAAAUGAAAAAGAAUAACCUAUUUUUCUGCCUCUUGUCAUUAAUGAAGAUUCAGGGUUUUUUUUUUUUUUUUUUGAAUGAAUGGUUGUUUGUCUAUAUAUGCUUCAGAGGAGUUUUUAGAGAUUUAUAUUUGGAAAUAAAACUGCAAUGUUUCAUUUACAGCUCCCUAAUUUCAUCUGAGUUUUUCUGAUAUUAAUAAAAGUGUUUCUAUUGCUUA